CACACUCAAACACAGGGAACUAUUUCUGCCAUCUGGAACCUGAUAUUUUUGCUCCAAGACACAAUAGAGUAUGAUCCACCAAACUACUAAUUUGUUUCUGAGUCUCUCUGUUCUUGUUAUAAAUGCAUUCGCAGAUAAAUGUAUGGAUACUCAUUAGUUCUGUCCUCUUCUCAUCACACAGAUAAAUAUAAAUGUAUCGAUAAAUUGGAAGGAGCCUCCCUUACCAUUAUUCUUGAUUCACCUAAACAAGAUGGAGAUGCACUAAUCUGGAAAUGUGAUGAUAAGGUUAUUUAUGAAAGGAAAAGGGGAAAGGAGAGUACAUUUCCUGCGAAUGUGAAUAACAAUGGCUCCCUCAUUCUGACAAAUCUAAUUCCUUCAAUGUCUUGCACAUACAAAGCUGAACAUCAUGACAAAGUAGGGAAGUUAAUGAAAAAAGUAACAGAGAGGCUCUGUGUGCUUCCCAGGGCUCCGGUCCCAACGUUGGUCGUGAAAUGUUCCCCAACAGGUGUGGGAACCCUCCACUGUGGCUCUCAGAGCAUCACAGGCUUCAAACUCUCAUGGAUCCACAACAACAAGGACAUAAAUGAGAAGAGUAACCCUUUUCAGCCCAAGCAGCAUGGAGAGAAGGAUCACUACAAAUGUAGACUAGCCAAUAGCCUUGAUAAACAGGACAGUAAUGAAGUCACCAUAUCAUGCAAAGCCUCUGGUCCGGGUCCAGAACCUUCAGAUUUCAAGCUGCUAUACAAUAAUAAAUGGAUGAUGGCGAUCCUAGUUGGUGCUGGGAUUCUGUUACUGGUUCUGACUGUGUCACUAGUUCUUGUCAGCUGCAAAAACCAUCGCCUGCAGAACAGGAAGCCUGACAAUGAGGAGCUGAGGCUUACCCACCUCCAAGACAUCAGCACAGGUCCUCCUCCACUGAAGCAAACUCCUGAGGACCGGGGACGCAUCCAGACCCAGGAAGUGGUACCCGACCCAUCCGCCAGCCAGCCCGAUACUCAGCCCCCUCCACCCCCCGCAGAAAAGGACCCGGCUACACCAGUGCCGCAGCCACGGAAGAAGCUGAACCUAAUCCCGAAGACCCAAGACUGUGCCAACUCAGAUAGUAUAUAGGCUGCAUUGCAUUUAUUCUUUUCAGCAUAUUCAUGACAUUUAUUGUCUUUGGUGUAUUGAACUGAACAUAGAUAACACCAGUUAUUUAAAAAAGGCCUUCAGCAAAUGUGGCUUACAGAUUUUUGCAAUCAGUUUGACGCUUGAGUCAGAGCAGAGUUGACUUUUACUUUUAAUGUUCACUACCAGAAAAACUCCAUAAAACUACAGCAAAUUUAGCAGACAUUGAGAUACUCUGAUCAAAAGAGUUAACUUUCAGUUCAAAACCUGACAAAAAUGUUGAUCACUGUAGAUGGUAAUAUGCACUAUAGGCUUGAAAUAGACUGAUUAUUUUGAUUUUAGAGGAAAAUCUAUUAAAAAGGAAAAUCCCAUUUGCAUUACUAGCAGCCCCAGCUACUUGUUAGACAACGACUACCACUUAUCUCACAUGGUAAAUGUACCACUCUCCAAAGUUGCAAAAGUGUGAUAACACAAGUGAGUAAUAUGACAAACCAACAGAUCAAAAAAGUGUGUUCUUGGUGUCAUGACAACUGCUUGCCUUGAAAUAUUUGUGGACUAUGAGGGCUUUUAGGGGUGGAUAAGAUGUGCUAAAGAUCUUUUUCUGAAGGCAACGGAGAAUGUUGCUGUACUGUAAAUGUGAAGUUCAUAAAAAUGUCACGCUACAGUUUUUUCCAAUCAUAUGUUUUUAAAAGCAACUAGUUUUGAUAUCAUCUUCAAUUUAAAUUUGGUGGUCUAAGUCCAUGUGAAGAACAGGCAAACACACCUGUUUUCCUGACUAGCCAUCCUGGAUAUGUACUAUGCAGUUCUGUGUACCAGGCCAGAACACCCCACAAACAUGUAAGAAGAGCUUUCACAGCAUAAUAUUCCAAACUAUAUCGGUAAAAGACACUAGUUAGCAUGUUAACAAGUUUUUUAUCAAUGACAAAUGCGCUGUUGUUAGUGUUUAAAAGGUUUUUACAUGCCGUUUAGGUAAUUAACACGCCCGUUUCAGACCAAAAUGCCUUACUGCUUCUUUAAGUUUCUACAAAGUCUGCAUCUCAUCAAGUUGACUAUCUUGCACAUGCAGGAUGAGCCAUCAGCCACCCUCACAGUAAACUAACUCCAUACAUCCCCAAGUGAGGCAGCACUGACAAUGACUGCAUGGUCAGCAGAUUCUGUUCCUUGUCUGUCCUCUGUCUUUGGUGAUGCAUGAUCACAAUGUCUUAGCCCCUGCAGCAUUUUUCUCCCCAACAAGCUCAAAUAAAAUACUUUACAAACGGAUGAAGAAGCGUGAAUACAAAUCUUUUGAAUGCUGGUGUGAUGCUUGAAAAAAAAAAACAUUAUUUCUCACAUCAUUGGUAGAUUGGCUGCUAUUGAAAUUUAAGUGCAAAUGAUCCAUGCCAGGGUAAAAUAAAUGAAUGGCCUAAAUUAAA